AUGGCGACAACAUCGCACAUGUUCAUGUACUCCCUGACGAUCCAGCCUCCGACUGCCAUUACACAAGCAAUCCUGGGCCAAUUCGCAGGGACCAAGGAGCAGCAAAUCGUCACUGCCUCGGGAUCUAAGCUCACCAUACACCGACCUGACGCGACCCAGGGCAAAGUCACCCCUCUUUUUUCGCAAGAUGUCUUUGGCAUCAUCCGCUCUCUAGCAGCGUUUCGACUGGCUGGAAGCAACAAAGAUUACAUCAUCAUUGGAUCUGACUCCGGUCGCAUCACAAUCAUUGAAUAUGUCCCAUCCCAGAAUCGAUUCAGUCGAAUCCAUUUGGAAACAUUUGGAAAGUCUGGAGUGCGUCGCGUCGUACCGGGGCAGUAUUUAGUCGUUGAUCCCAAGGGUCGGGCUUGUUUGAUUGCCUCUUUGGAAAAGAACAAGCUGGUCUACGUUCUCAACCGCAACUCGCAGGCAGAGCUCACAAUUUCCUCGCCUUUGGAGGCCCACAAGCCUCAGACUUUAGUCUUUGCCAUGACAGCUUUGGAUGUUGGUUACGAAAACCCAGUUUUUGCCGCUCUGGAAGUAGAUUACUCUGAGGCAGAUCAAGACCCAACUGGACAAGCUUACGAAGAGAUCGAGAAAGUUCUGGUCUUCUACGAACUGGAUCUUGGUCUGAACCAUGUUGUUCGAAAAUGGUCCGACCCCGUGGACCGCACUGCGAAUAUGCUCUUCCAAGUCCCCGGCGGAGCCGAUGGUCCCAGUGGUGUCCUCGUAUGCGCUGAGGAUAACAUCACAUACCGUCACUCCAACCAGGACGCGUUUCGUGUUCCAAUUCCGCGACGCACUGGGGCAACCGAAAAUCCGGAGCGCAAGCGAACGAUUGUGUCCGGAGUGAUGCAUAAAAUGAGGGGCGCUUUCUUUUUCCUUCUCCAAUCUGAGGACGGCGAUCUUUUCAAACUCACCCUGGACAUGGUUGAGGACGAGAAUGGUCAGCUGACUGGUGAGGUCAGAAGAUUGAAGAUCAAGUAUUUUGACACAGUCCCAGUGGCCUCAAGUCUUCUGAUUCUUAAAAGCGGAUUUCUCUAUGUUGCCAGCGAAUCAGGAAAUCACAACUUUUACCAAUUUGAGAAACUUGGUGAUGACGAUGAGGAAAUUGAAUUCUCGAGCGACAACUUCUCUGCUGAUCCAUCGGUGCCUUAUGACCCGGUCUUUUUCCGUCCAAGGCCGGCGGAGAAUCUCAACCUGAUGGAGAGUCUCAAUGCUUUGAAUCCAAUGACUGACAGUAAGAUUGCCAAUCUCACCGGUGAAGACGCACCGCAAAUCUACACUGUGGGAGGAACCGGUGCUCGCAGUUCGUUCCGAACAUUGAAGCAUGGUCUCGCAGUUUCAGAGAUUGUUGAGUCGGAGCUUCGUACUGUGCCAUCUGCCGUGUGGACCACUAAGCUUACUCGUGGUGAUGAGUACGAUGCCUAUAUUGUGCUUUCGUUUGCCAACGGUACCCUUGUUCUGAGCAUUGGUGAAGUUGUGGAGGAAGUAUCUGAUACAGGGUUUUUGUCCACCGCACCAACCCUUGCUGUGCAACAGCUUGGCGAAGACUCUUUGAUCCAAGUCCACCCCCGUGGUAUCCGUCACUUGAUGGCUGAUCGCCGUGUGAAUGAAUGGCCUGCUCCCCAACAUCGAUCUAUUGUCGCCGCUGCCACGAACCAGCGGCAAGUGGCGGUCGCUCUCAGCUCCGGAGAGAUCGUCUACUUCGAAAUGGACUCUGAUGGCUCGCUCGCUGAGUACGAUGAGCGUCGUCAAAUGUCCGGCACUGUGACCUGUCUAAGCUUGGGCGAAGUUCCUGAAGGUCGCAUGCGUAGCUCAUUCUUGGCGGUCGGGUGUGACGAUUCCACUGUUCGCAUUCUGAGCUUGGACCCUGACUCCACACUUGAGAAUAAGUCCGUUCAAGCCCUGACCUCAGCGCCCUCGGCGUUGAACAUCAUUUCUAUGACCGACUCAAGCUCGGGUGGCACUACGCUUUACUUGCACAUUGGCCUUUACUCUGGUGUCUACCUGCGCACCGUUCUGGACGAAGUCACGGGUGAGCUUUCUGAUACCCGUACACGCUUCCUCGGGGCCAAGCCUGUGAAGCUCUCUCAGGUUUCUGUAAAAGGGCAAACGGCAGUUCUCGCACUGAGCUCCCGGCCUUGGCUUGGAUACUCGGACGUCCAAACAAAGAGUUUCAUGCUCACGCCUCUCGACUACCCUGGCCUUGAGUGGGGAUGGAACUUCUCGAGUGAGCAAUGUGAGGAAGGCAUGAUUGGUAUUCAAGGCAAAAAUCUACGGAUCUUUUCGAUUGACAAACUUGACAACAACAUGCUGCAAGAGUCGAUCCCUCUGGCUCACACCCCCCGUAGAUUCGUGAAGCACCCCGAGCAGGCACUCUUUUAUGUCAUCGAAUCUGAUAACAACGUGUUAUCUUCAGCAACACAAAAAAGCCUCAUCGAAGACUCAAGGUCUCGGAAUGGUGAGGUUGAUGUCCUCCCAGCUGCGGGCUUUGGCUAUCCUCGUGGCCAGGGACACUGGGCGUCUUGCAUUCAAAUCGUGGAUCCUGUCACCUCCAAACAGGUGAUAUUUUCCUUGGACCUGGAAGAUAAUGAGGCUGCCGUGAGCAUUGCAGCAGUGCCAUUCUCUAGCCAGGACGAUGAAACCUUCCUUGUCGUUGGCACGGCCAAGGACAUGACGAGCGAUCCUCCCUCAUCGUCAGGCGGAUUCAUUCAUAUCUAUCGCUUCCAAGAGGACGGUCGCGAAUUGGAGUUCAUUCACAAGACAAAAGUGGAUGAUCCUCCACUGGCCCUUCUUGCGUUCCAGGGGAGAGUCCUUGCCGGAGUGGGAUCCCUUCUCAGACUAUACGACCUGGGCAUGAAACAACUGCUUCGCAAAUGCCAAGCUCACGUGGUUCCUCAUACAAUCGUGGGGCUUCAGACCCAGGGAAGCCGUAUCAUCGUCAGUGAUGUCCGUGACAGUGUGACCUAUGUCGUGUACAAGUACCAGGAAAACGUCCUCAUUCCCUUCGUCGACGACACUGUCGCUCGUUGGACCACGUCAACCGCCAUGGUUGAUUAUGAAACCACUGCAGGUGGCGACAAAUUUGGCAACAUCUGGCUGCUUCGUUGUCCCACUAAGUUUUCUGAGGAAGCUGACGAGGAUGGCUCUGGAGCCCAUCUGCUCCACGAAAGAGGAUACCUUCAUGGGACACCCAACCGACUUGAUCUCAUGGUUCACUACUACGUUCAAGACAUCCCUACUGCCAUUCACAAAACACAACUGGUCGCCGGUGGUCGUGACAUCCUGGUAUGGACUGGUUUCCAAGGCACCAUCGGCAUGUUUGUGCCUUUCGUCAGCCGAGAGGAUGUCGAUUUCUUCCAAAGUCUUGAGAUGCAACUUGCUUCUCAAACCCCUCCUCUCGCUGGCCGGGACCACCUAAUUUACCGCGGUUACUACGCUCCCUCAAAGGGUGUCAUUGAUGGGGACUUGUGCGAGAUGUACUUCCUUCUUCCCAACGACACGAAGAAGAUGAUCGCGGCGGAACUCGAUCGCUCCGUUCGCGAAAUCGAACGCAAGAUCUCGGACAUGCGAACAAGGGUCGCUUAUUGA